AACGUUGUUUCAACGUAUUUUUGUGAUGCAACUUAGAGCUAUGAUUGUGAAAUACGGCGAAGUACAUAAAACCACAAAAUUUCUUUCCAAAAUCAUAGCAUAGAUUGGCAAGAGCCAGUAUCUCUUGGAGGGAAUCGCAUCGGCUGUGACAUUCGACAGAUAUGGAAGCGAGGAUUUUCUCUCCCUUCUUAAGACUUUGGAGGAAGUCUGACGACGAAUGCUUACUGGAAAACGACGCAAUUGUGCUUCAGCACGAGGAGCAUUCCCUUGAAGUCGACGAGAAAUGUUUUGUAGACAGGAAUGCCCACCACAAAAUGGAGGAAUCAAGCCACACUAACACAGAUGAGUUCACUACAAUUAACCUACAGGAAGAUACGGCGCGUCCUCCAUAUUCAGUGACAGGUGAAGUUUCUGUAACAACAGAAGUUACAUCACCAGCAGCAAAAAGGGUCGCCUUCUUAGGGAUGACACUGUGUGUAAUUUCGUCUUUGUUCAUCUCUUCAGCGGCACUGUUGAUCAAACUCGCCGAGAGCAUUCCAAGCCUGGAGAUCACCUUCAUCCGCUUGACGUUACAACUCGUUUUCUCAUUCCCACCGAUGAUUUUCUUCAAGGAUAAGUUUAUCCAUCCAUGGAGCAAGAGCAAAUUCUUAUUGCUUCGCGGAGUCACUGGAGUUACAGGCAUGGCUCUAAGUAUUUACGCUGUCAAACACAUGCCAUUGGCUGACCAGAGGGUUAUAUUUUACACCUCUCCUGUUUAUACAGCUAUCCUUGGACGCGUUUUUCUCAAAGAAUCCGUCAGUAAGUUCGACGCGGUAGCCAUUCUAUCAACUAUUGGUGGGGUGGUGUUAAUCGCGAGGCCUACCUUUUUGUUCGGUUCUUUAGGAGAGGCCUCUAAAUCCGAAAAAGUCUGGUUUCCAACCCUUCUCGCUGUCGUUUCAGCGAUUUGUCAUGCCUGCUCUAUCGUCCUGACUCGGAAAAUAUCAAAAGAAGUCGGUUCAAGAGUGGUAGUAUUCUACGUCGCUGUAGUUGGAACAAUCAUAAGCCUUAUAGCUUCUUUAAUUUCGAAUUUUGGGUUCAAAUUCCCAGACUGUCGGACUCACGACGCACUGUAUGUCCUUGGCGCCGGUGCAUUAGGUUAUGGAGGCCAAUUACUGGUAACCAAAGCCUUGACUUUGGAAAAAGCUUCAAUUAUUUCCUUGCUGCGCACUACUGGGAUCGCGUUUUCGUUCGUUCUCCAGCUCAUUGUCCUUCAUGUUGUUCCAGAUGGUCUUAGUAUUGGUGGUGCUAUUCUUGUCCUUCUCUGUAAUGUUUCCAUUUUCAUCAAGAAAUUUUUAGACAAGAAAAACAGUCACGCAAAGGCUUCGAACAAUACUUAAGGGUGACUCGUUCAAGGAUCGAAUAACCUUUAUCUUAGUGUUUGUUCACAAGUAGCGUGAAAAUCAUAACUCACAUGAAGUAUAGCCAGGUACGAUUAGUCACCUCAGUGGCAAGAGAGAACAACAGCACGUGGAGAAAGAACACAUCCGUCGGAACACAUCAGAGGAUACGGCAGUAAAACAUAAUCCAUCGCUACAGCAUUGUAGCUGCUCUUUCCCUUCACGGGAGACUUUAAGGAGAAACACACAAUAUUUUGGGUUUGCAAGUUGACAAUAAGCAUAAACAGGCCGUAGAGUCGGCUCAGAGAGCCGUUUCUUCAGAAGUACUUUCACUAGCAUGCACAUAAGUCAUUAAUUUUAUGACUGUUAAGGUAAAGUACUCCGUUAAGUUAGAGCGAAGCACUCAGCUACGCACGUCGUGACUCUUCAU